AUGCAAUUGUGGUUAACUUCAAUCACCACAGUUUUAUCAUCACUAUUGAUUUAUUAUUACGUCAAUAAUAACAACAAUACGACUACCACUAUCACCACUAUCAACAACACCACCGCUACCACUACUCUAUCCCCACACUCCAACGACAUGUCGACUAUUUCCAAAUACAUCAAACAUCAAGGAUCUAUCUUACCCACCUAUUUCUUCUCCCAUGGUGGACCCACAUUUAUGUACGAAAAUGAUUCAUUUGGCAACAAAGGCGCCUGGAAUAAAGUCCGCACAAUUGGUCAACAAAUUAAAUCAUUACCCCCAAGGGAUAAACCCGACUAUAUCAUUGUCGUUAGCGCACAUUGGCAAAGCAGUCCUGGUGGAAAACAACCAAACACAAUUGAAAUUGGCACCACUUGGUCCAACGGCGGUAAUGGUGAAAACGCCUUGAUUUAUGAUUUUUAUGGGUUCCCCAAACACAUGUACGCUGAAGAAUUCCACACGUACAACAACAAAGCCGUGGCCGAUGCUAUUAAGUCCAAAUUAACUGAAUCUGGAUUCAGUGCUGAACUCACUGAUCGUGGUAUUGAUCAUGGGGUAUGGGUUCCUUUCAAAGUUGCAUUCAGUGGAUACAACACUCAAACGCAACCACAACCUGAUUACAAUGAAAAACGGGCAUUGGAUUUACCAGAUAUUGCCAUUGUACAAGUUUCAUUGACUGCCAAUGAUUCUGAUUUCAAUACUCAUUUCAAAUUGGGUCAAGCAUUGGAUUUUUUCCGUCAAAAUGAAAUUUGGGAUGAUUUGCAUCAAAAGUACCUCAAGGGGAUGGUUAUAUGUUCUGGAAUGUCAGUUCACAAUUUGCGUGAAUUGGGGUUUUCGAUGCAGUACAUGCAACAAAACCCCACUGCUAAAGGGUUGCCUUACGCCAAACAAUUUAACGAUUUAGUUAAACUGGUUGUUGAAAGUAGUGAAACCGAAACUGACAAUACUGGUGGCGAUAGCAAAAGCUCCCCCACUACUUCAUCUACGUUGUUGUCGAAAUUAAAUGACUUGAAGAAAGAUCCAUUAUUGAGAAAAGCUCAUCCUACAUUGGAACAUUUCUUACCUUUGGUAGUUGUUUGUGGGAUUGCUCAAGAUGCAAAGCAAAAUGUUAAAGAGAUUUAUAACGAUGAAUUGGGUAGCUUGGGAUGGGGUAUUUAUCAAGUUGGAAACAAUAUUGAUUCAAAGAUUUAA